UUUCCAGCUAUGUAAUGUUUUUCGAUCACAUGACAUGGAAAUUGACCAGUGCUUGCUGGAGUCCCUCCCUUUGGGCCAACGUCAGCGGCUGGUGAAGCGGAUGCGCUGUGAUCAAAUAAAGGCAUAUUAUGAACGAGAAAAAGCUUUGCAAAAGCAGGAUGGAUAUGCAAAAAAGCUGAAACAUGGAAAAAAUCACCGAGUCCAUUUCAACCUUGCUGACACUAUACAGGAUGCAAUCAUACGUCAUGAUGACAAAGAAGUGCUACGGUUACUAAAGGAUGGUGCCGACCCUCACACACACAUUUCCUCAGGAGGCUCCUUGCUCCAUCUGUGUGCCCGUUAUGAUAAUGUCUUUGCUGCUGAAAUUCUAAUUGAGAGAGGAGUAAAUGUAAAUCAUCAGGAUGAGGAUUUUUGGACAUCAGUGCAUGUAGCCUGCGCAUGUGAUAAUCCUGAUAUUGUCCUACUACUUCUGCUGGCUGGGGCAAAUGUACUGCUACAGGAUGUCAAUGGAAACAUUGCACUUGAUUAUGCCAUGGAAGGGACAGAAUCCAGCUGCAUACUUCUGACCUACCUGGAAGAAAAUGGUGUUGAUCUGAACUCCCUGCGGCAGAUGAAAAGUCAGAGGCCUAUGACAAUGCUCACAGACAUUAGACAACUCAUAGGAAAUGGUGGGAGUGUGAAUCAAAAGAAUGAUGAAGGAGUAACACUGCUACACAUGGCCUGUGCAAAUGGAUACAAGGAUGUGGUAUCCUUGAUACUGGAUCAUGGAGCUGAUCUCAAUGUAGUGGAUAAUCAGUACUGGACCCCUCUGCAUUUAGCUGCAAAAUAUGGGCAGACAAACCUCGUGAAAUUGCUUUUGACACAUUGGGCCAACCCCCAUCUUCUCAACUGCAGUAAUGAAAGGCCUUCAGAUCUUGCAGCUUCUGAAUUUAUUGAGGAAAUCCUUCUGAAAGCCGAAACUAUUUGGGAGUUAAAAAUGAAAGACCCUUCAACUGUUUCUACUUUAUCACAAGAGGAGCCAUAUGAAGAGAUCAUCCAUGACCUGCCUGCAUUUUCUAAUAAGCUCAAUCCUUUGGCUAUACCGAUUGCCAAACAAGACAGUUUGCUGGAGAAAGACACCAUGUUCAAAGAUGCAACAAAAGGUUUAUGCAAGCAGCAGUCUCAAGACAAUGCAUCAGACAGUGUCCCAGUAAAUGGUACGACCAAACUUGAACAGGUCAAGUUAAUGCCUCCAGCACCAAAUGAUGACCUGGCGACUCUGAGUGAGCUAACAGACAGCAGCCUGCUCUAUGAGAUUCAGAAGCGUUUCAAUAACAACCAAAUAUAUACAUACAUUGGAGAUAUACUGCUGCUUGUUAACCCUUUUAAAGAACUCCCAAUUUAUUCUACUAUGGUCACACAACUUUACCUAAGCAACUCUGGCAAAUUGUGUUCAUCACUUCCUCCACAUAUAUUUUCAUGUGCUGAAAGAGCAUACCACAUGGUGUUUCAGGAGCGACGCCCUCAAUGCUUUAUCCUGAGUGGAGAAAGUGGUUCUGGGAAAACUGAAGCCUGCAAACAAAUUGUGAAGCACCUAAUGUUCAGAUCCAGUUCCAGCAGGUGUACCUUUGAUUCAAAGAUAAAACACGUAAACUGUAUCUUGGAAUGCUUUGGACAUGCUAAAACUGCCCUGAAUAAUUUGUCUAGCUGUUUUAUAAAAUAUUUUGAGCUGCAGUUCUGUGAGAAGAAAAAAACACUAGCUGGAGCUAGAAUUUAUACAUACAUGCUGGAGAAGUCCCGUAUCAUUACGCAACCUGUCAACCAGAGUAAUUUUCUUGUUUUCUACCUGAUGAUGGAUGGAUUGUCUGCUGAAGAAAAGUACACCCUGCACCUCAGUAAUUUGUCUGCACACAGGUAUCUAAAUCAAGCUGGAUCUGAGGAGACAUCAGUAACAGUGAACACUCAGAACAGAGACAAAUUAUCUAUCCUAAAACAAGCUCUGAGUGCUUUGGGAUUCAAUAACCUGGAGGUGGAGAACCUGUUUGUAAUUCUCUCAGCAAUUCUGCAUCUUGGAGACAUUCGGUUUACUGCUCUGACAGACGCUGAGACAGCAUUUGUGUCAGACCUGCAGCUACUGGAACAAGUGGCAGGAAUGUUGCAGGUUUCACCAGAUGAACUCGCUUCUGCCUUAACAACUGAUGUUCAGUAUUUCAAAGGAGAUAUGAUCAUGAGGCGAUAUACUGUAGAGAUAGCAGAAUUUUACCGGGAUCUUUUAGCAAAGUCACUGUACAGUCGCUUGUUUAGUUUUUUAGUGAACACUAUCAACUACUACCUCCAGAAUCAAGAUGAGACCAGCAGUGAUCAAGUUCUUGAAAUUGGAAUAUUGGACAUUUUUGGAUUUGAGGAAUUUCAAAAGAAUACUUUUGAAGAGCUGUGUGUCAACAUGACCAAUGAGAAGAUACACCAGUAUAUCAAUGAAGUACUUUUUCUACAAGAGCAAGCAGAAUGUGUACAAGAAGGAGUUACUAAGGAAACCACAUACUCUCCUGCUAACCACACAGCAGCCUUGGAUUUUUUCUUUCAGAAGCCAUCUGGUUUUCUGUCAAUGCUGGAUGAAGAAAGCCAAUCCAUUUGGUCCAUGGAACAGAGUCUUUCUAAACGCCUUCAGUCUUACUUGGAAACUUCAGACACCAAUGCUGUAUAUUCCUCCACAAAAGAUGGAAAUGGCAAUCUUGCACCAAAGGAUCAAGGCUCCAACUUCACCAUUAUGCAUUAUGCUGGCAGGGUGACUUAUGAAAUUGCUGGAGCAAUUGUGAAAAACAAAGAUUCCCUUUCACAAAAUCUCCUAUUUGUAAUGAAAACUAGUGAAAAUGUAGUCAUCAAUCACUUGUUCCAGUCCAAACUGACACAGACAGGCUCCCUUGUCCCUCCAUAUCAUUCACUUAAAAUUAGAGGGUCCAAAGCAGCCUUGCUCAGUAAGAGACCUUCAAUAACCUACACAACUGGAGAAGCAAAGAAAUACACAGAGCUGAAUAAGUUGUUGAAAAAGAAAGGUACUUCUACAUUUCUUCAGAGACUGGAACGAGGGGGCCCAAUCACUGUGGCAACACAGCUCAGGAAAUCACUAGCAGAUAUUAUUGGGAAGCUUCAGAACUGUACGCCGCAUUCUGUUCAUUGUAUCAAACCCAAUAAUUCUAAACUGCCGGAUACUUUUGAUAAUUUUUAUGUGUCGGCUCAACUGCAGUAUAUUGGUGUCCUAGAGAUGGUGAAAAUCAUACGCCAUGGAUAUCCAAUACGCCUCUCUUUCACUGACUUCCUGUCAAGGUAUAAGGACUUGGCUGAUACAGCAGUGGGAGAGAAGAAAAAGCUGCCUGCCAAGGAGAAAUGUCAUCUUGUUCUUCAGCAGUGCAAAUUACAAGGCUGGCAGAUAGGAGUACGAAAAGUGUUUCUAAAAUAUUGGCAAGCUGACCAUCUCAGUGAUUUGUGCCUUCAGCUGCAGAGGAAAAUCAUAACCUGCCAAAAAGUUGUAAGAGGAUUUCUAGCCCGCCAGCGCUUGCUGAAGAAGAUGAGCGUCAAACAGCAAGAGGUCACCUCAAUCAAAAGCUUCCUGCAAAAUGCAGAGGAUAUGGGACUGAAAGCGUACGAUGCUUUGGUCAUUCAGAAUGCUUCUGACAUUGCUCGGGAAAAUGACCGGCUUCGUAAUGAAAUGAAUUCUGCUUACAAUAGGGAAAAGUUAGAGACUAGUAAAAGGCAGGAGGAAGCCCCCAAAAGAGUUGAAGACAGGGGUGGGAAGGUCUCUGAGGACAAAUUUGUUGGCUGUCGAACGCCUAAGCAUUUUCAUUCCAGCUCCGUGCCGAUCCCCAUGGCAGUGGAUGGCUUGGUACACUCUGUGGCUGGAUCAUCCAUCAGAUCCCCCUCCCUGCACUCUGUGUUCAGCAUGGAUGAUAGUAAUAGCCUGCCAUCACCAAGGAAACAGCCUCCUCCCAAACCAAAGAGGGACCCCAACACACGACUGAGUGCUUCAUAUGAGGCUGUUAGCGCUUGCUUGUCGGCAGCUUCUAAGGAAACUGCUAAUGAAGUAUUGAUGAGACCAAGACCACACAGUGAUGACUAUAGCACUAUGAAAAAGAUUCCUCCCAGGAAACCAAAAAGAAGUCCCAAUACAAAACUGAGUGGCUCUUAUGAAGAGAUAUCUGGCCAGAAGCCUGGGGAUAUGAAACAAUCCAGCCCAGUAACUAAAACAGGUGGUCAUGACAUUGUGACAAUACAAAGAGCAGCCUCUGCUGAUGGGCCCCAUCACAGCAUGUUGAGCUUAUAUAUGUCACAGGAAGAGGAGGAAAAUGAGCCAGUGUAUAUUGAAAUGGUAGGAAAUGCUAUGAAAAAUAAUUCCACUGAAGCAGAAAGCCCAGACCAAGGUGAAUCUGUUUAUGAAGAAAUGAAAUAUUUUUUACCAGAAGAAAGUAGCAAUGGUAACGGAAACAUUCCUAUAGUAACUGGAUCUCCUCCACUGUUGUUUGAGAGCAAAAAACCUGGAACAACUGAAGAACUUGAUGCAAACAGCCAAGCCGCCUCAAGCUAUAAAGACCCUUGCGACAUUCCAGCCCCCUUCCCAAAUUUGCUUCCACAUAGGCCACCGCUACUUGUUUUCCCUCCAACCCCUGUAACAUGUUCUCCUGCUUCUGAUGAAUCACCUCUAACUCCUCUAGAAGUGAAAAAGCUUCCCGUCCUGGAAACUAAUCUAAAAUAUCCUGUACAAUCAGAGGGCUCAAGUCCGCUAUCCCCACAAUAUUCCAAAAACCAGAAAGGGGAGAAUGAAAGGCCAGCAUCCCCUGGUUUGGCUGUAUUUAAUGUUUCCAGCAAGGUGUCUCCUCCUUCAACUCCUCCUCCUCCUCUCCCUCCACCACCCCCUCCUAUGCCUCCAUCUGUUUCUUAUCGGGCUUCCACACAUUUUGCUUUCCCCCCAGAGACUUGUGCUACAUUUCUGGUUAAUACAGGGAAGACAGGAACAAACUCAGAUCUGUCAAAAGUACCUCAGAGACCAAAUCCUGUUCAAGCUGGAGGUUCAACUUCCCCAUUCUCUAAGCUGUCGUACUCCCCAGUGAAGGUAGCAAGAGCUGACCACAGGAAAUCAAACUCCAGUUCAUCAUCUCCACUUCCAUACAGUCCUACAAGCUCAAGACCUUUGACCAGUCCUCUUGAUGAGUUAACUAGCUUGUUCAGCUCAGGACGGAGCGUGCUUCGAAAGUCUGCAGUGGGAAGAAAGAUUAGAGAGCCUGAAGGUGUUGAAACAAAUCUGAACUUGGCAAGCAGGGAAGAUCCCCUCACAUCAGAACCUGGGUUGGAAGCCCAAGAUAAAAAUGCAAACAACCAUGGAACUCAACCAUCUAAUCCACUGUCCUGUUCUGUAACUGCUGAAAAUGGAAAUUCAGUCUCAAAUGGUUUACCAGAGGAAAAUGAAUAUUCAAGACUGUCAGCCAGCAAUACAGCAAGUUCAUCAAUUCAAAGGCAUAGAGAGACCCACACUAGUCAGGUUAUCCAGCAUCUGAGGCUUUCAGACAAUGAGAGUGCUGCUCUGCAGGAACUCCUGGACUGGAGGCGAAAACUAUGUGAAGAGAAAGGAGACUGGCAAAAUAUUCUGCACAACACAGAGCAAAGAAUCACAGCCCCUCCCCCACCCCCUUGUAAAAAACCAACCCUGCUGAAGAAGACAGAAGAUACCUCCUGCAAUAGACUGUCUUCGGGGAUAUGGGAUACCACAAUGUAAUUCAGAUGCAUUUGUCUGUGGACUGUGAAAAAUAAAACUAUCCAACAAUUUGAAUCAGUAAGUUUCCCUUUCUGCAGUGUGUGCAGGGUUUUCUACAAGUGUGUAUUUGGGAACACAGGAAGCAAGAGCUACAUAAAUCUGUUGUGUGUG